AUGAAUAAGCUGAGAUGGGCGGUGGACGGCGGGUUUUGGGAUGUGGACGUAUCGACGCCGGCGACGGUGGACGGAGUAGCCCGUCCCGUCUCAGGGGUGACUCUACCAUUGGGAUUGAGCCGCGGGGCAAGGCUAUCUCGACCCAAACAGGCUGAUUUCUUCCAGCGCUUCAUGGCCAUGCCGUUUAUCCCCUCUUUCUCCGGCGCCGGACUCUCUUUCCAGCGCGCUCUAUCCCUCCCUCUCCCCAACAACUGGUUUUCUGCAUUCCUUGGACAGUUCAAUGUGCACAAGUUUGUAACUUCCCUCAAAAGGAAUGAAGUCAGGCAAGAGACACUUGGGUCCUCUUUGAAGAGCAUUUGGAGACACCUUUCAGACCCGAACUUAUACGCAGUCAACUUCCUUUUAGAAUGGUUGUUAACACCUGAAGAUAAGGUGCAGCUUGGUUUUGAAGCACAGGGUGAUGGCAAGAACCCCAGAAGGAAGGCGGUAUUUCACCACAAGUUUCCUAAUCAUGAUCUCGUUGUGGAGGCAAGCUCACCAGCACUUUUUGUUGAUCGUUUUGGUAAAUACUGGGAUGUCCCAUUCACGUUAUCGGUGGAUGUUUCAUCAUUGGCUUCGGAUUCUGGUACGAGUUGUCAUUUCUGCAUCAAUCACACGGCGGGUUCUCCCAAACAGUGUGAGGAUGAGCCCGUGAAUACCCCAGUACCUCCUGGUUUACUUCCGGGCCUCUGUGGAAAAUGUGCAUAUUCCUAUAAAAAAGAUUUUGACUUGUGGAGGAGUGAAGCACCAAAGACGAAAAUGGUGCUACCAUAUGAUGUAUUCCUCUCUACUCCCCAUAUCUCUGCUUCAGCACUCCUAGGUACUGUAAUCACCGCAUCUCUUGGAGACAAUUCAACAAGAGCCCAUGAGGAAGAUGAAUCAUUCGGCUUUCAAGCCCGAGGAGCGAACUCUUCCGUUUCAGCUGAUCUUUUUGCAUCUGCAGCACUUUCGGCUCAGCAUGGAAAUUUCCAGAAGCCUUUUCUGGAUCUCAGUCGCUUUUAUGCACGUCUCGACAUUCCUUCUGGGUCAAAGUUCUUGGCCGGUGCCUCUCAGGUGGCAUCGGACCUUCGCAGUUCUCGAGUACCCAGUUUAGAAGCAUUUCAGGCAAUUUGUCCUUCUGCGAGCCUUUCGUUUCAACAGCAGAUAGCCGGACCUUUCAGCUUCAGAAUGGAUGCUGGAGUAACUGUUGACCUGAAGAAAGAAUGCUAUGUGAACGUGAACGAUCCUGUAUUUGCCGUUGAAUACGCUUUGCAAGUUCUUGCCUCGGCAAAAGCCAUAGCCUGGGCCCUUGUGUUGUCUCUCAGACUCUACCCCGAAACCCUUUUGCCCCUUCUCUCAACGCAUGCACAUUGGGCGCAACCUUUAAUCUCACCUCCGUCGAUUUCCUUCACUCAAUUCAAUUCCUGCAACAGCCUAAAACCCAUAGUUAAUUUCGAUCUUUUGGCCAAUUCGGUGAUGGCAGCCAAAAAAAUCAUAGCCAUAUGCCAAUCUGGAGGGGAAUUCGUGACCAAUAAGGACGAUGGGUCGUUGUUUUAUACGGGUGGGGACGCGUAUGCCCUGGACCUCGACCAGCAGACCCCGUUGAAAGAUUUCAAGCACGAACUUGCUGAGACUUUUCAAUGCAGUGCGGAUGCCAUGGCGCUCAAAUAUUUCCUCCCGGGGAACAGAAAGACCUUAAUUACAAUAUCUAAGGAUAAGGAUCUCAAACGAAUGGUUAACUUCUUCAAGGACUCUGAUCAAGUUGAGGUCUUUGUAAUUGUUGAAGAAGCUGGUGCUAGGAACAUGUCCAACAUGCCUGCCAGUAGGUCUAGCAGGACAACUGUGUCUGAGGCAGAAAUUCCCACGGAUGUCCCUGUGGAUGUUAUGCAAACUGAUGAUGCAAUUGUUUUGGACGAGCCUAUUGAUAUUACACCGCUUGGCUCGUGUCCUCUUGGCAUUGAGGAGAAGCACCGGCGGGCAGCAACUCAGUGGGAAAAUAUCAUCACUGGUGUCGACCAGAGGUUCAACACUUUUGCUGAAUUCCGUGAGGCAUUGCAUAAGUACUCCAUUGCCCAUGGUUUCACAUACAAAUAUAAAAAAAAUGAUAGCCAUCGUGUGACCGCCAAGUGCAAAACAGACAGCUGUCCGUGGAGAAUAUAUGCGUCUAGGUUGACAACCACUCAGUUGAUAUGUAUAAAGAAAAUGAACCCCGUGCAUACUUGCGAAGGGGCCACUGUGAAGGCUGGUUAUAGGGCAACUAGGGGAUGGAUAGGAAGCAUCAUAAAGGAGAAACUGAAAGUUUCUCCGAAUUAUAAGCCAAAGGACAUCGCCAGUGAUAUCAAGCGUGACUAUGGCAUUCAGCUGAACUAUACACAGGCAUGGCGUGCCAAGGAGAUUGCAAGAGAACAGCUUCAGGGUUCUUAUAAAGAGGCCUACUCCCAGUUACCUUUUUUCUGUGAGAAGAUAAUGGAGACUAAUCCGGGUAGUCUCGCCACAUUCAGCACCAAGGAAGAUUCUAGCUUUCGCCGGUUUUUCGUAGCAUUUCAUGCCUCCUUAUCUGGUUUCCUCCAGUGCCGUCCUCUUAUUUUCCUAGAUAGCACUCUUCUUUACUCCAAGUAUCAGGGAACAUUAUUGGCUGCCAUGGCCGCUGAUAGUAAUGAUGAUUUCUUCCCGGUAGCUUUCUCCGUGGUCGAUGAGGAAACCGAGGAUAACUGGCACUGGUUCCUGUCUCAACUGAAAUCUUCUCUCUCGGCCUCAGAGCAAAUUACUUUUGUGUCCGACUUUCAGAAAGGCAUUAGGGAAUCCUUAGUUAAUAUUUUUGGUAAGGAGUGCUAUCAUGGCUACUGUUUACGCUGUCUUGCCGAAAAGCUUAAUAAGGAUUUGAAAGGACAGUUUUCUCAUGAUGCCAGACGCCUCAUGGUUCAAGACUUCUAUGCGGCUGCCUAUGCACCGAAAGUAGAGGUGUUCGAACGGUGUGUUGAGAACAUAAAGGCUAUCUCAGUCGAGGCUUAUAAUUGGGUUGUGAACAGUGAGCCGGAUCACUGGGCUAACGCGUUUUUCGGCGGGGCCCGAUAUGGCCAUAUGACUUCCAACUUUGGCCAGCAGUUUUACAGUUGGGUGUCUGAGGUAGAUGAGCUGCCUAUAACCCAGAUGGUUGACGUGUUGCGUGAAAAGAUUAUGGAGCUGAUCUACCGGCGGCGGCUCGAAUCAAACCAGUGGGUUACAAGGCUUACACCCUUUAUGGAGGGUAAACUUCAGCAGGAGGUAUCAAAAGCAAGUUCCCUUCAAGUUUUACUCUCGCACGGUAGUACUUUUGAGGUUAGAGGUGAAUCGGUCGAUAAUGUUGACAUUGAUAAUUGGGACUGCAGCUGCAAAGGCUGGCAGCUGAGUGGGUUGCCUUGCUGCCAUGCUAUUGCUGUUCUGGAAUGUCUCGGGAGGAGCCUUUACGAUUAUUGCUCAAGAUUCUUCAUGGCUGAUAGUUAUCGACUGACUUAUGCUGAGUCAAUCAACCCAAUGCCGAAUGUUGAGAAACCGGAGAAAAGUGAGCUGCAGGAAGUAACUAUUGUAACGCCUCCUCCUACCAAACGACCGCCUGGGAGGCCUAAGUUGAAGUUAGUUGAAUCCGUGGAUAUUAUUAAACGCCAGCUACAGUGUAGCAAGUGCAAGGGAUUAGGGCACAAUAAAAAAACUUGCAACAGGGUGAAUGGGAUCGAGGAACCACUAACUUCUGCCUUGAUAGGGUUGGAAUGCGAGGAACCCGAAGGAAGCACCUGA